GCCACAUUGACCUCACCAGCUCACACCAGAAAGCUCUCUUACAAACACCCGCAUACAACCAGAAUGGCUGACGAACUGCUGGAGAAUGUGCGCGAUGCCCUGGAAGGUCAGAUCGACUUUGAGGGUCAACGGUUGGCUGAACUUCUAACCACAGCCCUACUGGCUAUAUCUGGGAUUAUCGCCUUUCUCUACGGGUAUAUCGCCCAGGACAUCGCUUCAACACUGUACAUCGGACUCGGCGGAGCUGCCCUCACCUUCCUCGCUGUCGUUCCACCAUGGCCCCUAUACAACAAACAUCCUAUCGCAUGGUUGCCGAGACAGAGCGGUGGUACCUCGGGGAUCAACAUACAAGUAAAUGGCAAGAAAGUGAACUGAGAGAAAUUGGGAGCACGGCUAUUUAAGACGAUACUUUGGUUCAAGAGCAGCGUAAAAUACGCUGAAGUACUAUUUGCACAUCUCCUCUGUUGUGUUGGUGGCAUCUUGUGGUGCUCCAUGAUGUCCUUGUCACCCGCCAUACCGCCAUACCGCCAUACCGCCAUUCCACUUGCCUGUUUAACGCCAUAAAGCCAUGCAUGAGCUUCAGUCGACCAUGUCAGGCUCAACAGUCGGACAGCUCCCAGAGUCCGUUGUUGGCUUCAGUAUCAUGGUCGUAACCAUAUCCAGACCCAGAUUCUCUACCUUCCGUAUUUUUGAAACUCCCAGUCUCUGUUAUCCAGCGGACAUACUUGACGGGUCUUAAGCCAACGUGAGAUGCAAUGGAAGUGGAACGCG